GGCAGGCGUCAAACGUCAACGCAGAGUGGGCGGGGCGUACAGGAGUUUUGAACAUGGCGGAUAAAGAGAAGAAAAAGAAGGAGAGUAUUUUUGAUUUGUCGAAGUACAUCGACAAACAUAUAAGAGUAAAGUUCCAAGGAGGUCGUGAAGCAAGUGGCGUCUUAAAAGGUUUCGACCCGCUGUUGAAUCUUGUGUUGGAUGGCACCAUUGAAUACAUGCGAGAUCCUGACGAUCAGUAUAAACUUACCGAAGACACCAGGCAGCUCGGUCUGGUUGUAUGUCGAGGGACGUCCGUCGUGCUGAUCUGUCCACAGGACGGGAUGGAGGCCAUUCCGAACCCUUUCAUUCAACAGCAGGAUGGAUAAUAUUCAGCUGUGUGUUGUUUUUUUGUUUCUUGCUUUGUGUAGAUGUUCUGGUUAAGAAAAUAGAUGUUUUUUGUUAGGUCUGAAAUCAUGAAAAAUACCUUUUGUAUUUAGACUCAGGAUACAUGUUUUUGUUUCUGUGGUUCAUUUGUGUGUUAAUUAUGGUUUUGAAUUUUGAGGCAUGUUCUCUGUUCAUGAAUAUGUGUGCGUAAUGUCGCCCUGGUUCUUUCAGUGUUGUUUUAUUCAUUUGGACAUUAAUAAACACCUGCAAUUUAACCAUUUCUAAUUUAAGCAAAAACAAAGAGUAUGACUGUACCUCAAAGGGCGGAUCCCACAGGAUUACCUUUUCAGAAAGCUUUUGUACACACACAUAAACAAGCUUCCAGAAAACAUCUUUGUAUAAUCUAAAUGGAAACUGUAUUUUGAAGGUCUUCGGUUCUGAGACGCCUUGUGAAAACAUUCUCGUUUACUUUUGUGGUGUCGACUCCUCUGUUUUAGACUCGCAAAACUAAUUACUAGGAUUAAAGAUUGAUUAUAGACCCUUCCA